UACCUAAAUUGCAAUUUUUACCCAUCGCCAACGAAGGCAGAUAAACUAAAAAAAAAGAUUGAUUAAUUCCACAGACAAAUCGACAGGGCGAAAAUUAAGCCAUGUCCAACGAGAAAGAGGAUGAGCGUGACAAGCACAAACAACAGGCGGAGGCAGACGCCAAGUCCACAUCUAGCGAUGAUUCCGACGAGUACCAGUCCGCCGGUGAAGGCGACGAUUGCGAAGGUGAUUCCCCCGUCGAGAACCCACCUGCAGCCACACCUGCAGCGACCAAGACCACUAGUCCGAGUUUAAAACCGACAUCGGCUUCAGUACCGCCACAACCUUUGAGCGAAACAGUUGACUACCGGUAUCCAAUGCAUCAAAGCGUAUUCGAGGACGACAUCAAGUCGCUGCAACGCCGCUUGCUCCUGAGCACUGCCCAGGAAGAAAUCGGUCUCAAGGACAAGCAUGGUAAUACUCCGCUUCACCUGGCGGUGAUGCUGGGCAGGAAACAUGCCGUGCGUCUUCUCCUGGCUCACAAUGCUCCUGUGAAGAUCAAGAACAAUGAAGGCUGGUCCCCGUUGUCCGAGGCCAUUAGCUACGGCGAUCGCCAGACAAUCACCCAGGUCCUGCGCAUGCUUAAGCUGCAGUCGCGGGAUCACAUGGAGAGCCGUCGUGAAAAGUUGGUUAACGCCCUGCGCCAGAUGCAGGACUUCUACAUGGAAUUCAAGUGGGACUUUCAGUCCUGGCUGCCGCUAGUGUCCCGAAUCCUGCCCUCGGAUAUCUGCCGGCUGUACAAGUCGGGAGCUUCAAUAAGAUUGGACACAACUUUAGUGGACUUCAACGACAUGCGAUGGGAAAGGGGCGACAUAUCCUUUCUAUUCCGUGGCGAGGCUCCACCCAGAGAGUCUCUAGUGCUUUUAGACAAUGAGCAGGAAUGCUAUCAGCGCCUGCGCUAUGAGGAGUCUGACAUGGAAGACGAAGUCGAUGUCCUCAUGUCCACCGACAUUCUGGCCACCCAGAUGUCGACCAAGACGAUACAGUUCGCACGUGCCCAAAAGGGGUGGAUUUUUCGAGCCAACCGCAAGGAGCUUAUCGGCGGACAGUACCAAUGCGAGAUCUACACUAUCCAGGGCCUGAUCCUGAAGCAGCGGAAGCGCCGCGAACAUCUCUCCCACGAGGAUCUUCAGAAGAACCGAGCUAUUGUCGAGACAAUCACCAAGGGCGCUUGUCAGCAGCCGGAUGCUCGACGCUCCAGCCUAAGCAGUCAACACACGGCUACGCCCCCCGAAACCAAUACACCGACGGCACCGAAUGGCAUCACCCUACCAGAGCUGCCACGACGCAGCUCGCUGCAGGCACCACCAGCUACCACGGUCACUUGGCGUCAGUACCUAGAUGCAGAGGUGGGCAAGUGCCCGCAGCUCGGAAGACCUCCCGUCCAUAAACAAUCAAGUAAGACACUGCGCGCUACGGUGGCCAUGAGUAAGGAUUUCCCAUUGAGUCUGGAAAUGUUAUUGGACGUUCUGGAAGUGGUGGCGCCGUUGAAACACAUCAAUAAGCUGCGUGAAUUUGUGACGCUUAAGUUGCCCACAGGAUUUCCCGUCAAGAUCGAGAUCCCUGUAUUGCACACGGUUACCGCGAAAGUGACGUUCCAAAAGUUUGAGUUUCGCGACAACAUCCCUGCCAAGAUGUUCGAAAUACCCUCCAACUACUGGGAGGAUGUGCGCCGCUUUCAAGAUUUAUGACCAGGCGACGGAGAACCAGCAAAA